GCGUCAUUUUCUUCUUUAUUCUCAUUGUCUUAAUGCAUUCUAAAAUAUUCAAGUUCAGUGUUUUCAGGGUCCUGCUGUAAAAGACACAUUGAUCUCAGAGAGAUAAACUGUUUCAACAAACGAAUAUGGGUCAGGCCAUCAAUAACUAGUUGCUGUAAUGGGGGGGUUAGGCAGAACCCAAGUUGAUGGGUAGGACAGACGACAGCUGGACAGUUUCAAGGAUUUAAUACGGUACAGGAUCGGGGAGGCGGAGAGCAAACAGUAAAGUGAGCAACGGGAGGGCCGACAGGCAGGCGACGGGCAGGAAACAGGGAAGCAGACAGGCCGGCAGGAACUCUACAACAGACGGGUGGUCAGACAGGCGAGGGGUCGGAAACGGGAGGGCAGACAGGCCCUAUUGUGUAUCGCUGCGGCUUGUAGGUAUGGGGUCAGAACAGUCUCAUUAUUAAUGAAUGCACAGAGAAGGAUUCACAAAUGUAUUUUGUGAUUUAUAGAUAAAUUACGUCCUUCUCACAAAUACAUUUCAAUGCACACGCAAAAUGGAUAUCGGUAUGUAUAAAUGUAAAAUAAAUCCAUAAACAAAAAUAAGUUUCACAAACACAUUUCUGAUCCAAACACAAAUGUGCCAUGUUUUAAAUAAAUGUAAUAUAAAUUCAUAAAUAUAUUAAUUAAAUAUAUACUUUCCUCGAAAUAAUACAGUUUUCACAGUGUUCCAUAACUUUGGAGAAUAAACUGGCUGUGCCAUAACAACGUGAGCUAAUCAGCAAGUACAACAUGUUCUAGACCAGUGGCUCUUAAUUAUUUUCUGUCAUUCCCACCCUAGGAGACAGAUAUUUUUUAUUUUUUUAAAUAAAUAAAUAAGACACUAAGUCCCGUACUGCCGCUCGCCCCCCCCACACCUUUUACAAGCUGAGGGCUUUUUCAUGAGUCUCAUAGUAUUAGAACAUGUGGUACUUGUUGAUUAGCUCACGUUGUUAUGGCAAUGAACAUGCCCUCAGCUGAUAAACAAAUGCCAGCGUUUUUUUUCAACUGAAAAUUAGCACCCAUGUCAACUUCUUCUGCUCCUUGCACCUCAUCAUGCUUAUCAUGCUACGCAGCAUUACAAGACACUGCCGACUAAAAUAAGCCUGUUGACAGACUUUUUGACAGCAGAAACUAUGUUAAGUGUGCUCGUGCUGCCUUUUUGGUUUUGUCAAACAGGAGACGCCCACCCACCAAUCGGAGGUUAGAGAUUCCUGCGGGAAGGUUGCGCUCGAUUUAACUAGCCCAGGGGCCUCGGUCGACGAGCUGAGGGGGAGGAGCCAUAGAAGGUUGGAUGGAUCCUCAUGGAACGAGGAAGCUGAAGGCGUAACGCCUCCGGGUUUAUGAUGCGGGUUCUGGGAAAUGGUCCUUGAUACGGCUUCAAACCUUUGCUUAACAUACAGUUAUGACCAUCAUAAAGGAUGUACACAUAGUUAGCUGCUUUCCAAGUCUCCUUCCUCAUUUGAUUUUUCAUCCACACUGAGGAGCCCAACAGCUUAGUCUUUACUCUCAGAACCUUUAGAACCGUGUUGAUGUAUUGUCUCGGUUCGAAACACUUAGUUUAAGUUUUCCUUUGGUGCUUUUAUAUUUUCGUACGACACGAGGCAGCACACGUUUCAACCCGGAGAAGCUAAGGUCUCCAGUCUACUAUGGAUGAGGAGAGAGAGGAGGGGGGUCCUACCUCUAAAAGCACUCCGUCUGGGGAACAUGGCCUCCAGAGCAAACCCAAGAGCCCAGAGCAGCAGGAGAGAGCAGACUCCCCUGGACCCAGCUGUGUUUCCAUGAAGAGUGACCGCUCUAUGGAUCCUCCUGAAGAGUUUAAAGAGGGAAAUCUAUCUAUUAAGAAGAGAAAAGUCCUGCAGGAGAGGGUAGACUCCCCUGGACCCAGCUGUGUCACCAUGAAGAGUGACCGCUCUAUGGAUCCUCCUGAAGUGUUUAAAGAGGGAAAUCUAUCUAUUAAGAAGAGGCAAGUCCUGCAGGAGAGGGCAGACUCCCCUGGACCCAGCUGUGUCACCAUGAAGACUGACCGGUCUAUGGAUGGACCUCCUGAAUUUAAAGAUGGACGCCCCACCAGAAAGGAUAGACAACACCAGAAGAGGUCAAAGGUUACCAGUGCUCAGUCAGUACAGCAGCAAACAGAGCUGAUCAAGAGGGCUGAGGAGAAGGCACACGCUUUUCUAGACAAGGAGAUGAAGAAGGUCUGGAGGGUUCUCUUCCCACAAUGCUCAGAGAGUCAGACGGAGGAGGAAGAGGAGGAGGUGGAUGGUAAGAAUGAGGAGCAGAGGAGGCGUGCCAAAGUGGGAGUGGCCGACAUCACAAAGCUCUGCCUGAUGGAGAUGAACCAGAAGGAACUGGCCGACACACUGGGGGGCGGCUCUACUGCUGUUCAGUGCACACGUAACAUCAAGUCUCAUCUGAAGGAGAAGUUCAGGUGCAUGUUUGAGGGAAUCGCUAAAGCAGGACAUUCAACACCUCUGAAUGACUUCUACACAGACCUCUUCAUCACAGAAGGAAGCAGUGGAGAGGUCAACAAGGAACAUGAGGUCAGACUGAUUGAAACAGCUUCCAGGAAACCAGCCAGGGAGGAAAAACCAAUCAGAUGUGAAGACAUUUUUCAACCCUUACCUGACCAAUAUCAAAGAAUCAGAACAAUAUUGACAACUGGAGUGGCCGGCAUUGGAAAAACCGUCUUAACACACAAGUUCACUCUGGACUGGGCUGAAGGUAAAACCAACCAAGACAUAAACAUCACAUUUCUCCUUACAUUUAGAGAGCUGAAUUUAAUGAAAGGGAAAGAGUUUAGCUUGGUGGAACUUCUUCAUUACUUCUUUAUUGAGACCAAAGAAGCAGGAAUUUGCACAUUUGACCUCUACCAAGUUGUCUUCAUCUUGGAUGGUCUGGAUGAGUGUCGACUACCUCUGGACUUCCAGAACAACCCGAUCUGGACUGAUGUCACAGAGCCGACCUCGGUGGACGUGCUGCUGACAAACCUCAUCAGGGGCAACCUGCUUCCCUCCGCUCGCAUCUGGAUAACCACACGCCCUGCAGCAGCCAAUCAGCUCCCUGCUGAGUGUGUUGACAGGGUGACCGAGGUGAGAGGGUUCACUGACAAACAAAAGGAGGAGUACUUCAGGAAGAGAUUCAGAGAGGAGAAGCUGGCAAGCACAAUCUUCUCCCACAUCAAGACAUCACGAAGCCUCCAUAUCAUGUGUCACAUCCCAGUCUUCUGUUGGAUCACAGCUACAGUUCUGGAGGACUUCAAAACAUCCAAGAGAAGAGAGGAGAUGCCCAAGACCGUGACUCAGAUGUACAGUCACUUCCUGCUUGUUCAGUCCAUACAGGGGGACAGGAAGUACCAUGGGAGGGCUAAAACAGAUCCAGACUGGAGUUCAGAGGGCAGGGAAAUCAUUUUUUCUCUGGGAAAAUUGGCUUUUAACCAGCUGGAGAAAGGCAACCUGAUCUUCUACGAGUCAGACCUGGCAGAGUGUGAAAUUGAAAUCAGGGCAGCCUCUCAAACAGGAGUGUUCACCCAGAUCUUUAAAGAGGAGUGUGGGCUGUACCAUGGCAAGGUGUUCUGCUUUGUCCAUCUGAGCAUCCAGGAGUUUCUGGCUGCCCUCUAUGUCUUUCAGUUCUUUCUCAAAACUGGGGUCAAUCUUCUCUCCGAAGAACAACCAACCUGCAUUGAAGAUAUACUCAAUCUCUACCAGAGUGCCGUGGACAAGGCCUUACAGAGUGAGAAUGGACACCUGGACUUGUUCCUCCGCUUCCUCCUGGGCCUCUCGCUGGAGACCAAUCAGAUUCUCCUACGAGGUCUGCUGGGACAGACAGGAAGUAGCUCCCAGACCAAUCAGAAUACAGUGUCUUACAUCAAGAAGAAGAUAAAUGGAGAUCUUUCUCUGGAGAGAAGUAUCAAUCUGAUCCACUGUCUGAAUGAGCUCAACGACCGUUCUCUAGUGGAGGAGAUCCAACAGCUCCUGACAUCAGGAAGUCUCUCUAGAGAAUCCCUCUCUCCUGCUCAGUGGUCAGCUCUGGUCUUCAUCUUACUGUCAUCAGAAGAGGAGCUGGAGGUGUUUGACCUGAAGAAAUACUCUGCUUCAGAGGAGGGUCUUCUGAGGCUGCUGCCAGUGGUUAAAGCCUCCAAAACAUCUCUGCUGAAUUGCUGUCAUCUGUCAGAGAGAUGCUGUGAAGCUCUGGCCUCAGUUCUCAGCUCCAACUCCUCUAGUCUGAGAGAGCUGGACCUGAGUACCAAUGAUCUGCAGGAUUCUGGAGUGAAGCUGCUCUCUGCUGGACUGGGGAGUCCACACUGUAGAUUGGAAACUCUCAGCUUGUCUGGCUGCCUGGUCACACAGGAAGGCUGUGCUUCUCUGGCCUCAGCUCUGAGCUCCAACCCCUCCCAUCUGAGAGAGCUGGACCUGAGCUACAAUCAUCCAGGAGACUCAGGAGCUAUGCUGCUCUCAGCUGGACUGGAGGAUCGAUGCUGGAGACUGGAAACUCUCAGUGUGGAGCACGGUGGAGUGUGGAGACUGAAACCAGCUCUCAAGAAGUAUGCCUGUGAACUCACACUGGAUCCAGACACGGCCAACAGACAACUCUCUCUGUCUGAGGACAACAGGAAGGUGACAGAGGUUACAGAGGAUCAGUCGUAUCCGGAUAACCCAAAGAGAUUUGACUCCUCUCCCCAGGUGCUGUGUAGAGAGGGUCUGACUGGCCGCUGUUACUGGGAGGUAGAGUGGAAAGGACCUGUUGAGAUAGGAGUGACAUACAGAGGAAUCACAAGGAGGGGAGGGAAUGGUGGCAGCUGGCUUGGAUUGAACAACAAGUCCUGGUGUCUUCAUUGUCAUGAGGGUGGUUACUAUGCCCUGUACAACGGUCAAAGAACAAUCACGUGUCCCCCCCCCGCUGGCUCUACCAGAGUAGGAGUGUAUCUGGACCGGCCUACUGGCACUCUGUCCUACUACAGAGUGUCCCCAGGUGGAGGAGGGUCCUCAGACACACUGAGACUCAUCCACACCUUCCAGUCCACCUUCACCCAGGAGGACCUCCUCCCUGGGUUUGGGUUAUUGAGUUGUGGUGCCUCAGUGUCUCUGUGUCGGUUGUAGCAACACACAUACACAUGCAUAUAUAAACACACACACGCACAUUUAUGAAUACACACGCAUAUAUGAAUACACAAACAACACACACACACACACACACACACACACAUGCAUAGAUAAACACUCACACAUGCAUUAAUGAAUACACACACUACUACACGCACAAACACCCACAUAUAUAUGAAUACACACACAUGCAUACAGAUUCACACACACACACACACACACACACACACACACACACACACACACACAUAUUAAUACAUACACACACGCAUGCAUGUAUGGAUACCCACAAGCCCACGUGCACGUGUAAUUAUAACCGAAUUAUCUAUCACUUCAACUAACUAUAAACAUGAGGAAUCGGGGAGUCCGGAAAAAGUAUUGACAGAGACUUUAUUGUUACCCACAAACUAGCAACAACAACGCAGAGUGAGGUUUGCAAAGUCACUGACGGGGGCUCCGAUCCCGGACCCUCUUAUCCAUUCAAACUGAGCUGUUUUGCAUGUAAUAUGACCGUCCUGGUAUAUCCUUACGUUCCUUUAAGUAUGUGUUCAUCUACUGUAGUUAAUCUAAAUAAUGGGAGGAUGACAGUAGCCUUGGCCCCAGGCUCCCUGGCGCCUUAUGAGGCCCUUGCUCUGAGUCCAGAGGUGGUUUCUCUACUUUCCACCAUUAAUGUAUGCCUGAUGUAUAUAGGCCUGAUAAUACUCAUAGUUAAUAUAAAAGUAAUGGUUAAUUUCUCCCAUACACGCACGUGCGCAUGUAUGAAUACACACAUUUCCCACAUACAUCCGCAUUCGAAUACACAAACCACAAAGACACUUUCACAUUCACACACACAAACACAUGUUUAAAUACACACACACUCAUAUGUAAAUACAAACACACACACACACACGCUCACACAUGAAUACACACACGAUUUAAGAACAUGUUAUCAACUAUACUGCUUUUUUUGUGCUUCUGAAAAGUUUAGCAUGAUAAACCAUGAAAGGAAGAGACUUUUAAAAUGUUCCAUAGGGUGAGGCAAGUUUUACAAAGACUAUAUUUCUAAUGUAAAAUGUAUUUCAAAUUUUGGUUGAAUGUAAAUCAAAACUUGUUUAUACUACAAUAUUUUGUAUAUUUUCCGACAUUAACAGUUUCAUACUGCAGGGCUCUGAUAUCAGUUUAUAUUUUGAUAAGCCUAACAUGGAACCUGAUUUAAAGCAGAUUUAAUAUUAUAUUCAUAAUGCAAGCGGUCUUAGAAAAGCUAUUACGGUAAUCAUGUUGUGAUGACUUUAAAUAUUGAAUACUUUUGAAUUUUGAUUCCUUGUGUUCUGUUGGGAAUAACAGAAAAGCAGAACAUGUUCAGUUAUGACCGAUAUAUCGGCAAACCUGUUUAUGAUUUAUAAUGUCUACUGCUUCUAAAGUUUCAGUCCUUGUGCUUAUUGUGUACUUGUAAGGGACUCUUAUCUGUUGUGCUGGUUAAUAAAGCAUAAUCGUAAUAAACAAUUAAAAGGAUCAACUGUAUGUUCUCGUGUGUUCAGCAGAGGUUUGGGGUUUCACUAAAUAAAAAGCACAAGGCUAGGCUUCGUCUACACAAACAUUAAUAAUCAGGAUACCAGCAAUUGCAUUUCCAUAUCAGACUCAUACGCCCGAAGAGUGACAUAAUACGGAGUGAAUUCUAGUAACGACCCGACAGGAAACAGACCCCAGCUACUGGCGUCUCUCCAGAGAUGAGCCUUGCAGGCUGGUUGAUACACCACCUCCCCCGUGGCGUCUAACAGGACCCUGAGCCUCCAUGUUGAAACACACAGAGGUCUGUGGUUGAGGCGCAGGUGCUGAGCUAAAGAAGAAGGGACCUCUCCUUCUCUGCCUGGUUGGGAGUGGGCCCAUGCAGGCCACCGU